AUGCGUGAACAAAUUUUACUUUGCUACAUGUUGGGUAUCAAACAAAUGGUUGUUGCUGUAAAUAAGAUGGACGCUGACGAUGUGUUAUAUGAUGAAAAUCGUUUCAAUCAAAUAAAAAGUGAAGUGUCCCAUUAUUUAAAAAAAGUCGGCUAUCAAUUAGAUCAUGUGGCUUUUGUGCCAAUCUCCGCUUGGGAAAGUGAUAACUUGGUAACAAUAUCGAAUAAUAUGCCUUGGUUCAAAGACGCCUUACCCGAUAAUAUUGUGUGUUUCAAUGUUGGUAAAAUUCGUGCGAAAGAAUUGCGUCGUGGUUUCAUCUGCUCAGACACAAAAAAACGAUCCGGCUAA